AUGUCCUGGUUGGGUGCCACGGUGCCGGUGAACGGCAGUGACCUCCCUGCGCUGCCUGACUUUCCCUUCCUCAAACACUGGGAACUGAACCCGGCUCUCCCUUCCCUCCUGCAGAAUGGGAUCGUUCACAGGGACCUGAAGCUGGAGAACAUCCUUCUCGAUGCAAACGGGAACAUCAAGAUUGCAGACUUUGGCCUGUCCAACGUUUACCAGCAGGACAAGCUUCUACAGACUUACUGUGGCAGCCCUCUCUAUGCAUCCCCCGAAAUCAUCAAUGGGAGGCCCUACAAGGGCCCGGAGGUGGACAGCUGGUCCCUAGGCGUUCUCCUCUACAUCCUGGUCCAUGGCACGAUGCCCUUUGAUGGCCACGACUACAAGACUCUGGUCAAGCAGAUCACGAGUGGAGACUACCGGGAACCCACAAAGCUGUCUGAUGCCUGUGGGCUAAUCCGGUGGAUGCUGAUGGUGAACCCAGAGCGCCGUGCCACCAUCGAGGACAUCGCCACGCACUGGUGGGUGAACUGGGGCUACAAAGUACCCAUUGGGGAGGAAGAGCUGCUACGGGAGAGCGAGUCCCCCCUGGCCACGGUGGCAGAGUGGCUUCGUCGCUCCUCCCGGCCCCUCCUGGAGAACAGCUCCAAGGUGCGAUGCUUCUUGAAGCAACACAUCCCCAGCGUGGCCCUGGAGCGGCAGCGCUCCCUCAAGAAAUCCAAGAAGGAGAAUGACGUCUCCCACGUGCUGCAGGAGGUGACCUUGGCCCCGGAGAACCCCUCCAAGUCCAUCCUCAAGCGGCCCAAGGGCAUCCUGAAGAAGAGAAACUCCUGUGAGCAGAAGGUGCCCGGCCCUGGUCCCCCACCAGCUGUGCCCAUGGGAGAGGCGAGGGGUGAGGAUGGUGAGGUGGCCACUGCAGGUCUCACCCGGAUCCUGUCCUCUGGGAUGCUGGCUUGCAAGGUGGGCGUGGGGGCAGUGGCCACAGCCGUGCCCAAGGGAAUACUGAAAAAGCCCCCGACGAGGGAGUCGGGUUAUUACUCAUCCCUGGAGUGCUGCGAGUCUGGGGAUGUCCUGGAUGCGGGGAGCUUGGACCUUGAUGGGAACGUGUUUGCUGACAACCCCUCCCCAGAGCAGGGCCCCCAGGGUCUCCCCACCCGGCGGAAAGGCAUC